CUGCCUUUACUUCAGAUUUUCAGUAUCUGCAGUACCGUAUUGCUUUAUUAUGCAAAGUGACGGUGACGCAUAGGGAAAGUCCGUGAAGUGGUUUGGUUGCUGUGGCUUUCUCCAAGUUUGGAGGCGACUUCCUGUUGCGAGAAGAGAGUCUGUCGGAGCAGUAAAGCUGGUGCCUGGGGUCAGAGAGGGUUGUGCUGGGCAGGGCAGGGGGCUCCUGCCCAGGGUCUGGAUUGUCGCUGCAUCCGGCCGAGAGACUGGUUACAAUGUGGCGGAGUAGAGUCCCGCUAUGGAGCCUGCUGCUUUCCUGUGCUGUCAGCCUCUGCUGCUGGCAUUCACUCCAUGGGCAGGGGCUUUCUAAAAUUUCGCCUCCUGUGAACCUAUCUGUAACAUCUUAUAAUUUCCAUACUGUCUUAAAAUGGGAUGUCGUUGAUACAUCUAGAAACUCGUGGUUUAAUGUCGAAAUCAAAAAUUACAGUUUUUCACAAUGGAGACCUUUCUUGCCUUGUUUAAAUGUUUCAACACACCAUUGUGAUCUCAGUGAUGGUUUUGUACCUGAUGAGGAUAAACUGGGCUAUUAUGCCAGAGUUAAUAUGGUUACAGAAUCACAGAAGUCAGACUUUGUUUCCACUAAUCGUUUCAUAUUUAAAUUAAAUGCCACUUUAGGUCCUCCUGAUGUAAAGCUUAGAGCUGAUAACAACCAUAUAAUUGUGGAAGUAAAUUACACUCUCCCUAACACCAUAGUAAAAAGGAAUGCAAAGAUUUUGAAAACAUCAUUAUUGUACAAUAUUUGGUACUGGCAUCCUGAAAAACCGAAACUGGAAGAUAGCAUUUGCAACAGCAAGAAGACACUACACAAAAUUCAAGUACCAACUGGAGCUACUUGUGUAUCUGCAGAAGUAUAUCUGCAAGACUUAAACCUGAAAGGAAAUAGAUCUCAAGAAAUAUGUUUGCAAAUUCAUCCAAGCAAUGUGUCAGAUUCAAUGAAUUUGCCUUGGUCACCAACCCUAAGGAGUGAGAACCACACCGUUGCUCAGAAUGAAGAGCUGACUUGCCCUUUGGCAGAAGAAGAUGAAGAGUUUGAGGGCAACCUGACUACUGAGGAUUAUACAUAUGAUGACUACCUGGAUUACCAGGAUAAUGAGGAGCACCACAAUGAGACGUAUCCAGUGGAGGAUGUGAAUCCAGGUAGUACAACAGAUGAUUUAAAGUCAGAAAUUAUUUCCAAAUUGCACCCAAUCAGCAUUGUGCCCUUCAGAGUCUUUCCCUUUGUAAUUUCAGUAGUAACUAUUCUUGCCAUUGUCUUCAUUAUAAUUGCAACACUGUUCAUCUGUCACUUUGUUAAGAAGAAGCAAGUAUUGCCCAAGGUUUUGGUUCAUCGCAUUAUGGGUGAGAGGGGGAAAGCAUACAUGGAUGUAAACAUGGAAUCUGAUGAAAGUAACUUAAGUGAGCUGAAAGGAUUGGAGAAGACACUUGCUGUUCCUGAAGUUGACCAGUGUGAUGAGACACAAGAGGAUUUGACCAAACCUCCUUCAGACAUCUUUGUUGACCAAGUUAAUACUGAUGUGAAUGACAGUGAACCAGUAAAUGCUGACUUGGAUGAUCCAUAUGCAGCUAAAAUUCAUAUCAAUGGCAUAGACCAAAGAUGUCAUACUCAGGACAGUGUUGAAGUAGACGACAAUAUUCUGGAGAAAACUUAUGACUUGUGUAAGACUAAUUCUGAGCCUGUGAAACAAAUCUGUGCAGAUAAUUGGGGUUAUGACAAACCUCAAGUACUGUUUGCACUUUAAAUAAUUGCACAAAUUCACCAAAUUUGUGACUGAGCAAAGCACUGGUGUAUAGCCACUUUAUAAUACUAAGCAUUCUUCUUGUGAACACAGUGGACAUCAAGUUUCUUGCAAGAAAAAUGUGAGAUUGGCCCACAACAGUUGAUUGUUUAAAAUUACCUAUGACAAAUAUUUUAAACCAUGCUAUUCCUACAUCACUGAUGACCUAGACCUUGAGUUAGGGGGUACAAUUCAAAAAUUGCUGAUGAUACAAAACUUGGAAACAUUUUCAACCAUGAAGAAGAUAAUGUAGAACUUCAAAGAAUGUUGACAACUUGGAAUAAUGUGCAAACAUUUCAAUAUUGAGAAAUGUGAGGUGAUGCAUUUUGAUGGGAAAAACAUGGAGAGACAAUAUAAAACAAAGGAUCUAACUCUCCUUUAGGAAGUAAAGGAGCAGCAUGUCAUGGCUAUAUGUUUGCAAAAUUAAUUAAAGGUGACGGUUCGAUGAGAAAACAGUUAAUAAAUGUACUAUAUCCCAGGGUUUGUUAACAGGUGCAUAGGAUACAGGAGCAAAUAGGUAAUUUUGAACUUGUAUAAGAUAUUAGUUUAGCCUCAGCUGGAGUAUUGCAUCUAGUUCUGGGUCCCAAAUUUCAGGAAGAAUAUGAAGGCAUUGGUGAGGAGUGGUUCCAGGAAUGAGGGACUUCAGUUAUUAAUUCAGUUUGGAGAGGUUGGGACUGUGUUCCUUGGAAAGAGAAGACUGAGGGGAGAUCCGACAGCUGUGAGGACGUCUGGUGAUGGUGUUCAAAAUCGUGGGGUCUAGGAAGUAGAUGGGGGAUUGUCCCACUUGUAAAAGGAUCAAGAAUGAAAUGCCACAGCAUUAAAAUAAUUGGCUAAGGAACCAGAGGUGAUAUUAGGAACAAAAGCUUUUUUACUUCGUUAAUGGCUAGGUUCCAGAGUGGCAUUUUCUGAGAGUACAGCAAAGGUAGGUUCAAUCACUGCAUUCAAAAGGGAAUUAGAAUGUUAUUUAAAAGAAAUAAGCACAUGCUUAUGGGGAGAGGUCUGAAGAACAGCAUUAAAUGAAAUUCUCAUUCUGAGAGUUGCAGUAGACACCAACUGAACACCUUUCUUUGGCAGUGUAAUAAUUCUGUGUAUGCUAAUCUGGUGUGCAAUAAUGAUUACUGAAACAGUCAAAAUGACAUUAAUAUAUUAAAGGCUAUGCAUUUGCAGGAGCUCGAAAUAAUUGAAUACUCAGUUCUGUGAUUAUGAAAUAACAUUUUACUGUUUACUGUGGGGGAGCAGGGAAUGAAUUUGAGUUAAUAAUGCUGUAGUUGACUUCGUGAUCAUGAUCUCACUUAAGAGUCAGAGUUUUGUACUCAACUCUCCUUAAAAAUCUAAACUGACACCUGAAUAUAUUAUUGAAGGAAUAUUGUACUAUUCGAGGCACAUUUUUCAGAUGAACCAUUGGAGUAUAAAUUCAUCUUGGAAUAUUAGCAAAGAAUGGAUGAUAGCCAAUUAGCAACAUUUUCUGAAGAAGGGUCUAGACCCGAAACGUCAGCUUUCCUGCUCCUCUGAUGCUGUUUGGCCUGCUGUGUUCAUCCAGCUCUACACCUUGUUGUCUCAGCAACCUGUUCUGGUCAGCUUAACACAAUAAAAUUGUUUAUUGUUCAAAA